UGAUCACCGUAAAAGAAUUUAGAAAGGCGGUUCUUUCAAAAGAAUUCUUGUAAAUUAGUUAUGUUAUGAAAGAACAAGUCCUAAUUUUUAUGUAAUUGACGAUGGCAACGGCUCGUAAACUACUCAACGAAGCGUCGAAAUCAUUCGAAGUGGGAUUGAGUUCUCAAAUAGAGGCAUUUCUAAAGGGAGCAGGGAAGGACAAAUUAAAACAUGAAGAAGCAAAGCUAUACAGUGAAUUUGUUCAAAACUGCCUUCAUAGAUGCAUGACAAAAUCCAAAAAUGUACAAGACAAAGUUGAAGUGGAAGAAAUUCUGAAGACAGCUGUUGUAUGUGCACAAGCUUACAAGCAGUUACAACCGUUUCUAGAUGUAGACAAGACUCAUGUUGUGCCAUCAUUAUUGUACCAUCUCUUACGCACCAUACAAGACGCAGCAUUCACAUACCUGGAGUAUGUUGUGAAGAUAUCAGAGAUUGUAUACAUGAUACUAGAUGAUGCUGGCUGUCCUGAUACGUCCCACCACAAUCUCUUUGGCUGCUUUCCAUAG